AUGACAACUGGAUCUAAUCAACAAGCGACAGAGAAGGCGAAUAGUACAACAGGGGGAGGCGACGGUGAACAUCACCACAAUGGAGAUAAUAUAAUUAGAAAGAGGAGAGGCGCCAUCAGUAGUGAGCCACUCGGCGACAAACCCGUUGGAACCAUCACAAACGUGCCAAAGUCGGGUGAGACACAGCAGCGUUUGCAACAGGCGCUGCAAAAGAACAUCCUAUUCAAUCAUCUGGAGGAGGAGGAACGCAACUCUGUGUUUGCCGCAAUGUUUGAGGUCAACUAUAAGGCUGGCGAUGUAAUCAUACGUCAGGGCGACAAGGGUGACAACUUCUACGUCGUGGACAUUGGCCAAUGCGACAUCUAUGUGAACCAACAGAAUCAACCACCACUCCACGUAAUGGAUGUUUACGAAGGCGGUAGCUUUGGUGAGCUGGCUUUGAUCUAUGGUAGUCCAAGAGCUGCAACAGUAAUUGCAAGAACAGAUUGUAGACUUUGGGCCAUUGAUAGGAUAUCCUAUAGAACAAUCUUGAUGGACACUACAAUGAGAAAGAGAAGACUGUAUGAGGAGUUCUUGGAGCAUGUGUCAAUAUUGAAACAUCUGGAGAAGUAUGAACGUGUUAGUUUGGCCGAUGCACUGGAGCCCUGUACAUUCCAGAGUGGCGAGAUCAUUGUACGGGAGGGCGACUCGGGCGACAAGUUCUACAUCAUUGUCGAGGGCGAGGUCAAGGUGACCAAGAAGAAGGGAGAUGUCGAGGAAGAGGUCUCAAGACGAUUGCACAGUGGCGACUACUUUGGAGAGAUUGCCCUUUUACUGGAUCGUCCGCGUGCGGCCACCGUCACGUCGGUCGGUGUCACCAAGUGUGUCGAGAUGGAUAGACAACGAUUUAACCGGCUGCUUGGACCAUGUGAGGAUAUAUUACGAAGGAACAUGGAGAUGUACAAUCAAUUUAUGACUUCCAAGGCCAAUGAUAUCCAUUAUCCAACCAGCCAAACAACAACAACAACAAGUAGUCAACCUCUAUUGGUCAACGUUAAGUCUUGA